AUGACUAAAUCGCAGGACAUUAUACUUGUACUGUCCGUAUCAGCAGUUGCCAGUGCGUUAGUAACUACGCCCAAUGCAGAAACUCGAUCGCAUCAGUUGUCAAAACGUAGUCCUGGUAAAGAUUGGGAAAAAGCUGUCGGACGUGAAUCAAACCACGGCGAUUCAAGUGGACCAGGGCCAUCGAACAGCAAUAUUGCCGAAAAUGAACUAGAUGAUGCCAUUCGUCAAAGGAAGAAAGUAUGCGAUAAGUAUCAUAAAUACAAAAGUGAAUUCAAGCAAGAUAUAGCCGACUUAAAACUAGAAAAUCAAGGCUUGAGUUUUCAGGCGUUUGAUAGUGAUUAUUAUGGUAGAGACAGUGUCGAAUUACUUAAACUCAGGCGUAAGAAGUUGGUACAGUUGAAAGAAAGAUGCAAGGAAGCGAAACAAGUGAAAAGGGAAGCAAGAAAAGAAUUCGAGAAGCAAUCUGGCACUGGAUGGAAAGGCAAACUCGAACAAUUCAAAUCAAUACUUACCAAUCAUUAA